GUGACACACCUGUACCUGCUGAGGGCACACCUGGCGCAGUGUGACACACCUGUACCUGCCAGGGGCACACCUGGUGGGCAGUGACACACCUGUACCUGCUGAGGGCACACCUGGCACAGUGUGACACACCUGUACCUGCUGAGGGCACACCUGGUGGGCAGUGACACACCUGUACCUGCUGAGGGCACACCUGGCGCAGUGUGACACACCUGUAGCUGCCAGGGGCACACCUGGUGGGCAGUGACACACCUGUACCUGCCGAGGGCACACCUGGUGGGCAGUGACACACCUGUACCUGCCAGGGGCACACCUGGCACAGUGUGACACACCUGUACCUGCUGAGGGCACACCUGGCACAGGGUGACACACCUGUACCUGCUGAGGGCACACCUGGCACAGUGUGACACACCUGUAGCUGCCGAGGGCACACCUGGCACAGGGUGACACACCUGUACCUGCCGAGGGCACACCUGGUGGGCAGUGACACACCUGUACCUGCCAGGGGCACACCUGGCACAGUGUGACACACCUGUACCUGCCGAGGGCACACCUGGUGGGCAGUGACACACCUGUACCUGCCAGGGGCACACCUGGCACAGUGUGACACACCUGUACCUGCUGAGGGCACACCUGGCGCAGUGUGACACACCUGUACCUGCCAGGGGCACACCUGGUGGGCAGUGACACACCUGUACCUGCUGAGGGCACACCUGGCACAGUGUGACACACCUGUACCUGCCAGGGGCACACCUGGCACAGUGUGACACACCUGUACCUGCCGAGGGCACACCUGGCGCAGCGUGACACACCUGUGCCUGCUGAGGGCACACCUGGCUGGCAGCGACACACCUGUAGCUGCCAGGGGCACACCUGGCACAGGGUGACACACCUGUACCUGCCGAGGGCACACCUGGCACAGCGUGACACACCUGUACCUGCUGAGGGCACACCUGGUGGGCAGUGACACACCUGUACCUGCCGAGGGGCACACCUGGUGGGCAGUGACACACCUGUAGCUGCUGAGGGUACACCUGGCACAGCGUGACACACCUGUGCCUGCCGAGGGCACACCUGGCACAGCGUGGCACACCUGUAACUGCCGAGGGCACACCUGGCUGGGGGCACACCUGGCGCAGUGUGACACACCUGUACCUGCCGAGGGCACACCUGGCACAGCGUGACACACCUGUAGCUGCCGAAGGCACACCUGGCAGGGGGUGUGUCAACCACCCGGGCACGCUCGGGCCACGCUGAACACGCACCUGGAGUGGGGGGCGGAGCGGGUUGCACUCACCUGGGUGUGCUGAGGACACGCUGAACACCUGGGCACCCUCUGAACACACCUGGACAGGCUCAGACACACCUGGCACACACCUUGCACACUGAAUGCACACCUGGAGGGCGGCGUGGUGCGGGCUGAGCACACCUGUGUGCGUGUUCAGAGCACACCUAGCACACCUGUGUGUGUUCAGAGCACACUGAGCACACCUGUGUGUGUUCAGAGCACACCUGUGUGCAUGUUCAGAGCACACUGAGCACACCUGUGUGUGUCCAGAGCACACCUGUGUGCGUGUUCAGAGCACAGGGAGCACACCUGUGUGUGUUCAGAGCACAGGGAGCACACCUGUGCAUGUUCAGAGCACACCUGUGUGUGUCCAGAGCACACGGAGCACACCUGUGCGUGUCCAGAGCACACCUGUGCCUGUCCAGAGCACACGGAGCACACCUGUGCGUGUCCAGAGCACACCUGUGCGUGUUCAGAGCACACCUGUGUGCGUGUUCAGAGCACAGGGAGCACACCUGUGCGUGUCCAGAGCACACCGAGCACACCUGUGUGUGUUCAGAGCACACCUGUGUGCCUGUUCAGAGCACACGGAGCACACCUGUGCGUGUCCAGAGCACACCUGUGUGUGUUAAGAGCACACCUGCACAUGUUCAGAGCACACUGAGCACACCUGUGUGUGUUCAGAGCACACCUGUGCCUGUCCAGAGCACACCUGUGUGUGUUCAGAGCACACCUGUGUGUGUUCAGAGCACACUGGGCACAUCUGUGUGUUUCCAGAGCACACCUGUGUGUGUUCAGAGCACACCUGCACAUGUUCAGAGCACACCGAGCACACCUGUGUGUGUUCAGAGCACACCUGUGUGUGUUCAGAGCACACUGGGCACAUCUGUGUGUUUCCAGAGCACACCUGUGCCUGUCCAGAGCACACCUGUGCAUGUUCAGAGCACACCUGUGUGCCUGUCCAGAGCACACCUGUGUGCGUGUUCACAGCACACCCGUGGGUGUUCAGAGCACACCUGCACAUGUUCAGAGCACACUGAGCACACCUGUGCAUGUUCAGAGCACACCCGUGGGUGUUCAGAGCACACCUGUGUGUGUUCAGAGCACACCUGCACAUGUUCAGAGCACACUGAGCACACCUGUGUGUGUUCAGAGCACACCUGUGCCUGUCCAGAGCACACCUGUGUGUGUUCAGAGCACACCUGUGUGUGUUCAGAGCACACCUGUGCCUGUCCAGAGCACACCUGUGUGUGUUCAGAGCACACCUGUGUGUGUUCAGAGCACACUGGGCACAUCUGUGUGUUUCCAGAGCACACCUGUGCCUGUCCAGAGCACACCUGUGCGUGUCCAGAGCAUACCUGUGCGUGUUCAGAGCACACCUGUGUGCGUGUUCACAGCACACCUGUGUGUGUUCAGAGCACAGGGAGCACACCUGUGCAUGUUCAGAGCACACCCGUGGGUGUUCAGAGCACACCUGUGUGUGUUCACAGCACACCUGUGUGUGUUCACAGCACACCUGUGUGUGUUCAGAGCACACCCGUGAGUGUUCAGAGCGCACUGGGCACAGGUUGUGCACCCCAACCCCACGCCAGGUGUGCGAGCCAAGCGUGCCAGACACACCUGGACACACUCGGGACACGCCCAGCCCGCUCCUCACAGGCUGAGCCCACCCUAGGGGCGGCGGGCGGGGCACACCCAACACACCCGGACACGCGCGGGACACACCCAGAGACUGGCAGAGCACACCGGGCACACCUGGGGCACACCUGGGCACACCUGGGACACACCUAGGCACACCUA